UAGAGGCACGGCUCAGAUACUGAGAAGCCAUGAACUACUAACACACCCAGCAUCUUGCACUGGGAACCUUACCUGAAUGUUGAAGUAAUUUGCGUUGGAAUUUGCACACAUGGAGCUCGCAUCCCAGAGCAGAUUAAAGAAGAACUUUUAUUCGAAUUUAUACUAUCUGGUGAUAUUAGCGUCCCAAGUGUGGGGUUCGUGGAAUGCAGACAACGUUCGACCAUCCACCGAGGAGUCUUCAGGGAAGAACGGCAGCCAUACAACACAGAAAGGCGGUAUCGUUUCCCAGGCAGAGCAGAUAUUCCAAACACCUGAUGUUUCUUUGUCGCUUCUUGAAGCCACAUCUCUGGCAUGGAAAUCAGAACCGUUAUUAGAUGGACCAAAAGAUCUAUGUUCACUCCCAUGUCUAAAUACAGGUCUUUGUGCGAAUGCCGAGCAGUGUGAUUGUAGUGAGUUUGGGGCACAUGACACUCGGUGCCAAGCAGUUCUCAGUCGAGGCAAUAAUCGUGAUUUAAUCUGUCGAACCUGGGGCCAGUACAACUAUGAAACCUUUGACGGUCUUUACUAUUAUUACCCGGGAAAUUGCACAUACACACUGGUGAGAGAAUGUGAACAGAGUCAACAAAGUUUAUUGAUUCAGAUCCACAAUGAUCCCGCCUGCAAUUCCUCUCCAUAUUCUUGCCAACGGUCGGUCAGUUUAUUCUUUGCGUAUGAAGGAGAAAUCAUUCUGCAAAAUCAUGAAGUCAUCCAUCAUGGGAAAAGUGUUCAGCUACCUCACACUAUUGGCAACUUGAAGUUUGAACAAGUUGCUGGAUACAUUCUGGUCAGGCAUCACCAUGGCUUUUCCUUGGCCUGGGAUGGUAGUUCUGGAGUCUACAUAAAGAUGAGCGUUGUGUAUGUUGGGAAACUGUGCGGUCUAUGUGGCAACUUCAAUGGAAAUCUGCAUGAUGAUUUAUACACCAGCUAUGGCGUCUUAACAGAGGAAUUAGCCAUUUUCGGUAACAGCUGGACAGAGGAUAUCCCAGAUGUGGAGCCUUGCCACGUGACUCCGAUCAACUACCCACCACCUUGUUCUGGAUUAGACCAAAGUGUAAAUGCGAAUAUAAGAAGUUUGUGCUCUGUACUCCUGGGUUAUCCAUUUACCCUCUGCCAUCAUGAUGUAUCACCCUAUCCAUUUGUGGCCAGUUGUAUGAAUGACCUCUGCACGUACGGACCUGAUGAUAAUGCAACACUGUGUGGGGUUUUGACUGAGUACGCAAGAUCCUGUGCUCACGCAAAUAGACCACUCAAUGAAUGGAGGCAGCUGUUCAACCAGUGUGCAUCAGUUUGUGAUGGUGAAUUUGUGCAUCGUGAAUGUGUAGAAUGCUGUCCUGUAUCGUGUCGUGUUCAGCAAGAAUGCAUCGACACUGAUUUUCAGUGUCUGGACGGAUGCUACUGCCCUGAAGGUUUGAUUCAUGAAAAUGGGACCUGUCUGAAAUCUGCAGAGUGUCCGUGUGUUUUUCAAGGUACUCCCCACAUGCCUGGCUCUGUAAUUCAGAAACACUGCAGCACCUGUACUUGUGCAGGAGGUAUCUGGAACUGUACAGAACACAAGUGUCCAGCGGAGUGCUCUGUAACUGGAGAUAUUCACUUCAAGACGUUUGACGAACAGCAGUAUUCAUUCCGUGCUAUAUGUCAGUACAUCUUGGCAAAGAGUCACCAUUCUGGAAAGUUUACCAUCAGCCUCCAGAACACUCAGUGUGGCACAAAUCUGAAUGGUGCUUGUAUCCAGUCGGUGAGUAUUGUUGUUGAUGAAGAUGUGAAGAAGCAAGUGACACUGACUCACUCAGGAGAGGUGUACCAUUGCAAUCAGUACAGGAUUAGUCUGCCGUACAAAGACGAAUUGUUUGAAGUUACUGAACUUACGUCCAUGUUUGUACAAAUUAAAACCAACUUUGGAGUGCGUCUGCAGUAUGACAGGGAAGGGAGGAGGCUGUACCUGCAAGUGGAUGCAAGAUGGAAGGAGGACACCGUUGGACUUUGUGGAACAUUCAACAACAACAUUCAGGAUGAUUUCUUGUCCCCGGGGGGGAUGAUUGAAAGCACACCGCAGGUCUUUGCCAAUUCCUGGAGAGUCUCCACAGCGUGUAACCGUGGUGCCAACAUUCCGGAGGUGGAUCCAUGUGACACACACCAGCAAUACGCCUCGUAUGCUACUGAGAAGUGUAGCGUUAUCAGCGGCUAUAUUUUUGCAUCGUGCCAUCAGUAUCUGAGUCCAGAACUGUAUCAAGAACAAUGCAGAACUGACACCUGCAAAUGCGGCGAGGCUUGCAUGUGCUCUGCAGUUGCACAUUAUGCACGGUUGUGUGGAAAAUUUGACAUUUUGGUCGACUUCCGGGCCAAUGUCUCAGAGUGUGCUAUUCAGUGCCCCCACACGAUGAUAUAUGGUCCCUGUAUGUCAUUCUGCAAUCGGAAGUGCCAGUCACUGUCUGUGCCAGAAGUUUGUUCCAAAGACUGCACUGAAGGAUGUGCUUGCCCUGUCGGCACCUAUCACAACACCAAAACACACCUGUGUGUGAAGAAAAGUGAAUGUCCUUGUUAUUUUAUGGGUACAGAGUAUUCACCUGGAGAAGUGGCAAUUAGUUCCACGGGAAUGUGGAUCUGUUCUGAAGGCACCAUGCAGUUCCAGAAGCAAGAAACCGAUACCCAAUGUGGACCUGGUCAAACAUACUUUAACUGCAGUAAUCCUGUGAGUGGCCUUCAGACCAAUCUCGGCGUAGGCUGCAGAAAGACUUGUGAAAAUCUACUCUUAAAUGUGGCCUGCCCUGAAACAAUGCCGUGUCUCUCAGGAUGUGUUUGCCCGGAUGGCCUUGUGAAGCAUGAAGAUGAAUGCUUUAAGCCUGAAGAAUGUCCCUGUCUUUGGAAAGGAAAGGAGUAUUUUCCGGGUGAUCUAGUAAAAUCCCCGUGUUACAUCUGUGUUUGCCAGCAGGGGGCGUUCCAGUGCACAUUCCAACCCUGCCCUUCUGUGUGCACGGCCUAUGGGGACCGCCAUUUCAAGACUUUUGAUGGAGUCCAUUAUGACUUUAUGAGUAAUUGCAAGGUUUACCUUGUCAAGAGUCAUGGGAGUUUAAACCUGUCCAUUACUGCUGAGAAUGUUGAUUGUUACGGGAGUGGUGCUGUUUGUAGGAAAGCCCUGAGCAUCUUGGUUGGAAAUAGUUCCUUGGUCUUUGAUGGUGAUAGCGGAAAGCUGAGUCCUUCCAGCUUCAUGGACACAAAACAGACGAUACAGAUAUGGAAAGCGGGAAUAUUUACCAUGAUACAUUUCCCUGCUGAGGAUAUUUCCAUACUAUGGGAUGAAAGGACAACAACACACAUCCAGGUUGGGCCCAGGUGGCAGGGUAAACUCUCUGGGUUGUGUGGAAAUUUUGACUUGAAAACUGUCAAUGAAAUGAGGACACCAGACCAGAUGGAAGCACCCAAUCCACAAGAGUUUGGGACCAGCUGGACAGCCGUGGAGUGUGCAAGCAGCCCUGAUGUCCGUAAUCCAUGCCACCUGAACCCACUGCGGGAGCCGUUUGCAAAGAAGGAAUGUGGGAUAUUGUUGUGCGAUGUGUUCGAGCCCUGCCAUGCGGUGGUUGACGUCACCUGGUUUUAUUCCAACUGUUUGACUGACACGUGUGCAUGUAACAGAGGUGGGGACUGUGAGUGUUUCUGCACCAGCGUGCUGGCAUAUGCUCAGACAUGCUGCCAACAUGGGGUUGCAAUUGACUGGAGAUCUCCAAACAUCUGCCCUUAUGACUGUGAAUAUUACAACAAAGUGCUGGGGAAGGGGCCGUACUCGCUGGUCACUUACUUGGACGCAGGUACAGUGGUGGCCGCCGAUUUGUUGAGCGGGACUGUUUUCCCAGCUACAAGAGAAAUUUCCAUUCCAGGAGUGGUGACACUUUUUAUGCUGACUCCAGGUCUUCACUUGCCCAAGCCACAUGAUGUGUCACUAGUCUCCCUGGAAGUAGCUGACAAACCAAACUAUUUUCUUCGGACUCGAUUCGAUGGCAGUCUGCACAUAAGUAAAUGGGAAUUCAACGCAACGUUUCGAAAAGAGGCAACGUUUAAAUUCCACAAGGACGCGUGGGUCUGGGGAUAUAACGCCUUUGAAUCUUACUCAAGACAUGGAUUUUUCAUUCAUCUUGCAAGUUCUACUCUCCAUCUGUUGAAAUACAAUCACUCCCAGGGUUUCAGACAUGCUACACUCUUCCAGCUUCAAGAUGCUGAGGUCUUGUCUCCGGUUUAUUCUACCUGUGAGUGGCGGUAUGAGACUUGUGCCAAUCCUUGUAUCAGAACCUGCAGAGAUCCUACAGACAACAUCUGUCAAGAUUUACCAAGUGUGGAAGGCUGUAUGCCUCGUUGUCCGAUGGAUAUGCUGUUUGAUGAAGAUACGCAGAGAUGCGUGUAUCUGCAGGACUGCAUCAGGCCAGCCCUUUAUAUUCAACCUUCCAAAUCCACAUCAGCAGUGCCUGGGGUGUCCACUACUCCAGCCUUUAAUGCUUCAGUCCAGCCUCUGACUUCCAUUACAGUGGCUGAAUUAGGCCAAGCCGCCAGCUCUCCGACAACUUCAAGCACCACAAAGGUGUCUGUUCCCACAUCAACAGUAAAGAUUCCCCUGGUAACCCAGCUGACAACAAGUGCCUCGGUUUUGACCGCAGGCACGUCUCCGGCCCCAUCCUCGAUGGAGGCAGAGACGUCUGCUCCAGAGACCACGUCAUGGACAACACUCACCACAGAACAUGCUUUUGUUCCAUCCACAACAUCGUAUAUGUCACCCACUUCCACGCUAGGCGUUUCGGCGAGGAUAAUAACCACCAAAGCAACUACUGUGUUUGAAAUGUCGACGCCAAUAGAUGCCACAAAACCAACCCAGUUACUAACCGAGUCACAUUUGCCGCCUGCAACCAUUGAAACCCGACGCACUGUCACCACGAGGGAACCUUCAACAACCAGCACAGGGGUAACAUUGCCAACAGCAUGGCGGCCCACCACAACCAAGACAAUUCCUUCGCAGACAGAACCGUUGCCAGAGAAGACUUCCCACUCCACGCCUGUAGCACAUCCCCCCACAGAGACAACGUCAACCACUCAAACUACCUCAGCUCCUCAAACUUCAGAAAUAACAUCGACAUAUCCAACCUCCAAAGAAUUGCAGCCAACUGUUCCUCCCACGCUCAGUGCGACGACCACAAAGUCCACUAGUCCACGUUAUCCCCACUUCACUGUGUACCCUUGGUCCACUGGAACAGCGUCCUUGACGACAGAAAAGACAAAAUCAUCAUCAACUCUCGGACCCUUUAAAUUGUCAGCCACGACAGUAGAGACCUUCCAUCCAUCGACUAAAGAAUUAACAACAUCCUCACCAAUUUUGAUAACAGAAACAUAUAAAACCACCACACCAAGUGCGAGUGAACGGACUAUAACUUUUCCUCUGAGCACAAGAAUACACCCAACAACAACUCCACCUGCGACUGAUCUAGGUUUAACGACAUUGCGUACAACUUCAAAAGAGGUUUCCCCCACAUCAACUACCACGUUGCAUUCAACAGCCUCCACUACAGUGUCCUCAAAAACCACAGCUCUCGAAACAUCGAUGCCCGUGGCAUUUCCAAAUAUGACAACCGCGUGGUAUCUGGAGCAAUCCUAUCCAUCGCCGUCUACGAAACGUCCAGAAAGUGGUCCAACUGUGGAAGGUUUCCAGACGACUUCAACUCUACAGAGCACAGAAAUGACGGCCAGUUCGACAGCAGAACCGUACUCGAGCGGUACCUCGCUCUCACCGCAACCAACCACCACAAUGAGAUUCACAACUACUCACACAACCACCCAGUUCGAAACUUCAUCCUUGCAGCCAUUAAUAACAUCCACCACCGCGAUCCCAACAUCCACACGACGUGUGUCUCUUCCAACGUCAACACUGAAAACAACCACUGCAACUGUAGCCACCCAACUCGGAACAACCACAGUCUCGCCUACGUUGCUUACAAGUACCUCAGCUGAAUCCUCCACUGUUGCUGCAGAGGUCACGUUUGAAACAACAGAAACCGCGCACGCAAUAAAUGCGACCGUAACUGUCUUUUCACUUUCCACAGCGACAACACCAACCUCAGCCCCCAGAACCACCACUGUAAGCGUAACCACUCUGCUGUUAGAUAUAGGUGGAACUAGGCCUACGACUGUCUUGUUUAAAACACCAUUAGCGACGGAGACAUCAGCAGUUUCAGUGCAUGAAGCAUCUGCUACAUCUGCGGGAGUUAACAAGACAACUGCAUCGCCUGUUACAUCUACUAGACCUACUACUGAAACUGGUAAAGAUGUUGGAAAAACAGCACCAUCUCCACGACUGCUGAGUACUGUGGAAACGGUGUCUGUGGGUUUGAAUGGAACUCUUCCCACUACCUCGAAAGUAACUUCAGUUAAAUAUGAAUCUUCAACUACACAGUCAUCAACUGCCUCGGAAUCACUACCAUCUACCUUAUCCAAUGUCACCUCAUUGACAAUUACUUCUGCUGGGGUAUUCGAAUCAGUCGCUGGCCCAACAGUGUUCACAACAACUGCCUACUCCACAGGUCUGACCGUCGCACCAACCAGCCAAUGCACUAUCCCAUUUCCGCAGGAUGUAGAUGAAUGUGUCACACAGAUCUGCAUGGAAGGGCAAGUAAUGCAAAUCAAUCGAUCACAUCAUUGUCCCCAGAUCGUCAUUCCACCGAGCUGUGAGUUCCGUGGUUUUGCCGUGCAGGUGAACACUGACAAGUGUUGUCCACAGUGGGAAUGUCCAUGUCGAUGUUCCAUUCUUGCCAAUCUGCACAUCAUUACUUCUGAUGGAUACGGCUUUGGCGUUUCUAGAGCAGCCUCGUACAUUAUUGCUUCAACAGCAAAUGAGACUAUUACCGUAGGAAUCAGCGAAUGUCUUAACAACCAGAUGAUCACAAUGAUGCAACCACAAGUGAACUCCACCUACAUCUGCCUAACGAAGCUUAAUAUAACUCAUGGGUCGAAUAUUGUCAUUAUCGAUCAGCAAAGGAGAACGUUGAACGUUAAUUCAAAGUUGGCCUACACUCCAUUCCGAAGAUUUGAUUUUGAGAUCGUUGAUACUGGGAGCAUGUACACCAUUGUGACUCCAGCGGGUAUAAUCAUACAGUGGUUUCACAGCACCAGGAUUAUGGUCAUCAACACUGGAACACCCAGUAAAAAGCUCGCUAAUUUGGGACUAUGUGGUUAUUGUGACGGAAACCCAACAAAUGACUUGACUUUUAAAAAUGGCACAGUUCUUGGCAAGGAUGUUGAUCCAGGCGUCUUUGCGGAGGAAUGGGCAGUGGCCAGCACGGAGACUGGAAUUAAAAUGAUUCGGCAAUAUGAGGUGAAUUGUUCGACUGGCAACUGCUCCGAGUGCUUCAAAAUGCUCCAGAGCGGAACAUUUGCCCCCUGCCAUGCACAAGUUUCUCCAGAGAUGUUUUGUGAACUCUGGAUCCGAGACUCGCUGUUUGUACACAACCAUUGCUCGGCGCUGGGGGCGUACGUGGCGCUGUGUAAUAAGUUCAGUAUUUGCCUUGACUGGAGGAGGCCAGACUAUUGCGCUUUCACGUGUCCUCCGCCCAUGAUAUACCAAGCUUGCGUGCUGACCUGUGAAGCAAAGACCUGUCAGAACAGAAUUUUCUUCCCAUCAGAAGAUACUUCAUGUCCCACCAUAAGUGAAGGAUGUGUCUGUCCGGAGGGAUCCAUUCUCCACCGCCUUGACUCCACCCUGUGCAUUCCUGAGGCAAAAUGUGCUUGCACUGAUAGCUGGGGGCUUCCGCACGCUGGGGGCGAUACGUGGAAUGCAUCAGUGGACGGCUGUUGCAUGUAUCAGUGUCUGGAGAACGGGACCAUUGUUACCGUUGACCACGACUGUUCAGCUGUCCCAGAACCAGUUUGUCGUCGCUCUGGGGAAGUAGUGGUCAAUCUCGCUGGCGAUCGGAGCUGCUGCCCUGAAAAGAUAUGUGCUUGCAAUCAAACAGUCUGCACAAGUUUUGCCCCCCAGUGUUCAUAUGGAGAGCGACUUAUUACCCAUUACAAACCAGACUUCUGCUGUCCUGGCUACUUUUGCGAAUGCGAUCCAGAGAAGUGUGGGUCUGAUAUCCCGAUUUGUCGAGAGGACCAGACAUUGAUUGCUACUCGAGCUGAUGGCAGUUGCUGUUUGGCAUACAUCUGCAUGUGCGGUGCUUGCUCGGACCAGAUACCCACCUGCUCGGAAGGAGAGAUGAUCACGGUGGACAACAACACAACGGAGAUGUGUUGUCCAAACUACCAGUGUGUUUGUGAAAUAAAUCGAUGUCCAAAGUUUCAGUGUCCUACGGGAAUGCAGGAACUCCAUGCAUGGAGUCCGGAUCGGUGCUGCCCAGUUCAUUCCUGUGAAUGCGCCUGUGAGACAUUUCCUAAACCUCAGUGCAAAUUGGGAGAGAUAUUGGUAAAUGAACAACAAUUUGGAAAUACUACAUCCAAUCCAUGUGCCUGCCCGGAAUACAAAUGUGUAAAUGACAAAGUGUGCAUUGAUGGAGAGAGAGGUACAUUGCGCCCAGGUCAAGUCAUUGUGGAGCACACCACAGAUGGGCUGUGUUACACCACACAGUGUACACACAACCUGGACAAUCAAACUGGUGUCUACAACCUGCUCGUCAACAUGGUUAACUGCUCGGCACAAUGUGAAAUGAACCAGGUUUACAUUCCUCCUGAUGACCCGACAACUUGUUGUGGUGUUUGCAAGAAUGUAUCCUGUCUAGAUAACUUGGAAAAUGAAAAUACAACCUUUCACAAGCCUGGAACAUCGUGGGUGUCCAACUGUGUCAGAUACGAUUGUACUGACACGGUUUCGGGACCCGUCUUGAUCACUUCAAACAUAAUUUGCCCGCCUUUCAACAAAACUGCGUGUUUGAAGAUUGGAGGAUCUGUUAUAACAUACAUGGAUGGCUGCUGUCAAAUUUGUAAAGAGGAUGUAAAGUCAUGUCAGAAGGUGGUGGUGAGGAUGACCAUUCGAAAGAACGAUUGCCGAAGUAACAGACCUGUAAACAUAGUGUCAUGUGAUGGAAAGUGUCCCUCAGCAAGUAUAUACAACUACAGCAUUAACACGCACGCCAGGUUCUGCAAGUGUUGCAGGGAAAUUGGGCUGCAGAAACGCAUGGUGCAGCUCUACUGCAGCAGCAACACAACCUGGGUCAACUACUCUAUCCAAGAACCGACAGACUGCUCCUGCCAGUGGUCCUAGAGUUCGACGGGCAGAAUCGAACAAGAAACAACCACUACUGUCUCACCUGUGAAACAAAAGGUUUUUGACAAUCUGUAGUUUGGUGCCACAUGCAGUCUGUUCCAAUUAAUCCCGAUCUAUAUUUAGGAAUUUUUAUUAUUAUUCUAGUUUGACAUUUUACUGACGAUCCUUUAUUUCUCACUCCUUCACCAUUCUCUACAAUACUGCCUGAAACAGUUCAUUAAUUUAACUCGCAAAAGAAAACUCUGCCUCCUACCUGCUUAAGGUCGCCAAAGAAAUCCAGCAAACUCGAGUCUAACUUGUGCUAUUCUGAGAGUUUACCUCAAAUUGUUUCACUGCAAGUGACCUACCGGUUUAGAACACGAUGCAGUACAGCACAAGAACAGGCCCUUCGGCCCACAAUGUCUGUGUUGAACAUGAUGCCGGCAGCAUCAUUCGGCCAAUCACGGCUUAUCCAUCUUUCUCUCCCGACCCCAUUCUAAUGCCUUUUCCCCCAUAACCCUUGACACCCUUACUAAUCAAGGGUCUGUCAAUCUCCAAUAUAUCCAUUGACUUGGCAUCCACGGCAAUGAACUCCACAGAUUCACCACCCUCUGACUGAAGAAACUCCUCCUCAUUUCUUUUCUAAAAGUACAUCCUUUUAUACUGAGGCUAUGGCCUCGGGUUCCAGACUCUUAUCUACCCGCGCAUGAUCCAUAUCCCUCCAUUCCUUGCUCAUCCAUGUGUCUAUCUAAAAGGCUCUUAAAUGCUUCUAUCCUAACUGCCUCAUCCACUAUUCCAGGCACCCACCACUGUCUGUAAAAAAUAAAGUUGCCCGACGCAUCUCCUUUAAACUUUGUCCACUGGCCAGAGAUAUUUGAAUGCCCAAGUAGAAAGAGUUCGAUUUCCUGGCCCCCAUUCCCUCACUUAAAAGCAAACAGGCCUCACACAAAAUAUAUUACCUAAAAUUUCCAUAAAUAAUUCCACAAUUAUCUUAAUUAUCCAUUUUUAAUUAAACGUUAUCUUUUGAAACAUUUUUGUACAGAACUAUUGACUGGUAUUGCCAAUGGAUUUAGUAAAACACCUCAAAUGUUUUUUUUUAAUUCUGUUACUUUUAAGGUGAGUUUACUCACUGAUCUUUUUCUCAAAAUAUUUCAAUGUCUGUUUUUUUUUUAAUGAUUUACAUUAAACUUUAAUUAAAAAAUUUAAGGGUAGGUUAUGGCAUAGAUAUGUAGUAGAUACAUUACAGAUAAUUGGAUUCUGUAUAUUUCGGUGCACUUUAUUUAAACAUUAAAACAAAUAAAACAGAACCACCUUUUUCCAUAUUUGUGGACAUCCUAUAUUUAGUCAAAAUUGCUGUGAAAUGAGUAAUUAUUUUUUUAUCAUACAUGUGCGUGUAGUUUUCUAGUUAUAUAUUCACAGAUUAUGCUGAUCUCCAAUUGAUAUGGGUUUUUGUGAUAAUUCUAAUUAUAUAAAUAAAGAUUUAAAAUAAGUGGACCAAGAA